AUGGCUCCCCGCGCUCUGGCCACUCUCUUCUUCGUUGUGCUGGCGGUGACGUCUGCUUCCGCGCAGACGUCAUGCAGGGGCAUCGGUGCUGACGUGCUGACGGGCGCGAUCGGCAUGCUGACCGACACUUCCCGCUCGCUCCAAAGCGUUGCCCAGUUCACUCCCACCAACUUCCAGCAGCAAGUUCCCCAGCUGGCCCAGGGCUUCGUCAACAUCGCCAACAGCGUCCAAAUGGUGCUGACGCUCCAGGGCUUCGUCCCCGCGGGCUUCACCUACCCCGACGCGGACGCCCAGAAGAUUGUCGCCACGCUCAAGACCUUUGUCGCCGUCCACCAGCAGCUGCUCGCUAUCGUUAUCGGCGACAAGGGCUUCCUGGCCGGCGCCCCCUACACCGCCGGCUUCUUCGAGCCCAUCCGCCUCGGUCUAGUUGUCCUGGAGCAGCAGGUGGACGCGUUUGCGCUGAAGCUCAUCAACAUGAUGCCCACGCAGAAGACGGAGGGCCAGAAGCAGAGUGACCUGCUGACCGGAUCGAUUGAGAACGCGCGCAUCGAGUACAGCACACCGUACUUUAGUGUCACUGUGAACUCGGGCACUUCCAACGUCACUCAGGGAGUGGGGCCCCUCAACGUGCCCCUACCGGGCGGUCGCAAGAUGGCGCUGUAG